AUGGAGGGACCGAGAUAUCCUCCGGUGUUUGAUGCGCCGCUGAACCCACCAGCCAGUCCUCCAACCCCGCGUUGCCCGUACUUGGCUGCGUCCCACUACAUACAUCUCCACGACCCGCCACCACCGUACGAGCAGCACGUCGACUCGGCACAUCCGGCGCCCUCGCCGCCGCAGGAAAGCGCUGAGCGAAAGGCUCCCGCUUACAAAUUUUUUUUUCCUCAGACCCAAGGCUACACCUCCUCGGCCGACUCGUCCGAUAUCUCGAGCCCGUCCGCAAUGGAGGACGAUUCGUCGGCAGACGACUCAGACUCACUACUGAGCGAGCUGCCGCACCAGGAAGACAAGCCCAUCAUCACCGUCAAGGAUGGUGAUUUCGAUGUUGAGGAAAUCACCGAGGACGACAUCGGAUAUGACAGCGACGUCGAAGUCGUCCGUCCCGAUGGGUUUGAGGAGGCAACCGGAGCAAAGAAUUUAGCUGGAUGCACCGGCGACGACGCCGGUAUCUCGGAGAGCUUCGAAGAACUCAACUGUGACGAUGAGUCUGUCAACACCGACGAGGAACUGCGCCGGCGGAUGGAGCGUAAGAAGCGGCGUUGGAGCACUCGGCCAUUCAAGCGCACACACAGUCAGAUCGUUGGCAGCGAUACCGACGACGCUGAUCUCGACGGACUUGGCACCUAUGGCGCAGGAUCUGGGGCGCGUCGAUUGAGACGCAAACUGAACGGUGGACGGCGGGAGAGGUCAUCGCUAAUAUUCGAAGACGUCGGCGAAGGAGAUGACGAAGAAGAGCACGCCAGCAGCGCGUCGAUGCCACCCGACACAGAAGGACUACAGUCCCUUCCCUUUUGGGUGCUGCAAGAGAAUCGCAUGGAGCUAGAUUCCGGCUCCAGCGGGCCGCCUUCGGUGGCAUAA